CGAGCGUCAAGCGGGGAAUUAUUGACAGAUAAUCUCUAUGGACAAGGGUCCGCCACACGCAACACGCAAGUGGCCGUCAGGCGCACACACGAACAGGUCUAAGUCACAGUCAUGGACACGGUGGCCGGCUGCCCAUGCGAUGGAUCACACCACACGAAUGGACGGCUCCCCUGCCUUAUCCCGGUCCGGCCUGGCUCUCCCCGUCUGCCUGUCUCGCCAACUCAACCACCAGCGGACGCGCAUCUAACAACGCGCUCGGGCACUACAACCAACAUGCUACCACAUGCACCCAGCCCGUCUACUUGUCCUGCAUGUGCCGGAAGCCCUUGUCCUUCAGGGUGCGCUGCUCGCGGUCGAUGCAGUCCAGGUACUCCUCGUCGUAGUCGUGCGGCUGGCGGCCGGCCCCGGUCUUGGCCCGCUUCCUGGGAUGCGCCUCGGGGUUGCAGAGGUACGACAGCUUGUCGUUGAGCGACUUCGUCAUGCGCCUGGUCAGCCAGUGCUCAUCUGUCCACGACAGCGACACAGACAACGCACAACACCACACCAAUGGUGAUAGAUAGAAAGGUGCUGCGUGGCCCUUUUCCCCACUCACCGAUCUCGCGGGCCUUCUUCUCGUGCGUGUUGAGGAUGGUGCGGUCUUCCACCUGCUUGACGAACACCUCGUACUUCGGGCUCUUCGGGUCCUCGUGCCACAUCCACAACAACUCACUCGUCAACGCCGGGAUGACCUUGUCAGACAAACGCUGUGGCCACACACACACACACACACAUACACACCACACAUCACACCCAUGCCCACGAUGAGACCCGAACAGCCCGGAGGCCCAUCCUCCGCUCGUCUGUCGAGCUGCGUACCUCGAUCUCAGCCGUAACCUUGGCGUGCACGUCCGUCACGGUCGGGUCCUUCUUGAGGUCCUCCAGGAAGUUGUCGAACGGCUGGUUGAGCCGGUCGCGGAUGGCGUUGGACACGACGGUCGCCCAGUCGAUACGCCUGCAGACACCACAGAGACACAACCGACCACAUCCUCGCCCGGCAGCGGGCUGUGCGACCUCCCUGCCUGAUGAUGGGUGGGGUGCUUACGUGCGAUUGUAGCCGUCCUCGGGGAGCUUGCAACGGAAGAUCUCGACGCGCUUGCCGUCCGCCUCGUACACCACCUCCAUGUGCAACGCGUCCUUGCCGACGAACUUGACCAACGCCAGCAGCUCCGACCGCUGCAGACAUCCACACACACACACAUACAAACACCACCCUACCCACCGUGUGAGAGCAUCCCUCUCUCUCCAUGUCGCACCCCACCUACCUUCAGAUGCGCUCUCAGACUGCGCUUCUGGGCUAUCGCCUUGAACGCCUCGCCGAUGUUCGCAGGCACGUUGACCUUGAGCAUGGCCACAAUCGCCUUCGCCUCUUGUUCGGUCUGCGCCUUAGUCUGACGGUAGGCGGACUGCUUGAUCUGCUCCACCGUCGCUUGCGCCAUCGGCGGCGCCGGCUUGGGCGAUGACGAGCCCGCUGACAUCCUCGCUAAGCAAAACAAACGGGGGAAGAUGGCGGGAGGGGAAGUGAUGGCUGGAUGGGAUGGAUGGAUGGCUAGAUGCCGCGCCUAAAACAACUACUAAGCAGCCGCUGGGACGGCAGGGAGCGGCAGAGGCGGCCUGUGGGGUCUACAAGUCGCUGAUGAAGCCGCCAAUCCCCGAGUCCAAUCUGUGUUAGGGUCUGGUGUGUAAAACAGAAAUAUUCUGACCAAUGGCUGAG